AUGGCGCAUUCCAUGACGCUGCCGAUGCGUGCCAGCUACGGCGCCGUGGUGGGGAAUGAUGAGCAUUCCGCGCAGCCUCAGCAUCACUGGUACGACGACAUUCCGACCGAGGAGCUGGUGCUCGACGCGGAGGAGUGGGCGCUACUGGGCCGACAGCAGCCGCAGCAGCAGCAGCAGCACCACCAGCAGCAGGCGCGGCAUCAGAGGAAGAAGAGCGUGCCGUUGGCCAUGUCCAUGUCGCGCGAGCUCCCGGUGUCGCCGCGCCAGAGAUCGCCCCGAUCGCGGUCGCCCCGCGGCUCUCGCCCCAGCUCACCCGCUCCUCAGCACCAGCACCAGCAGCCGCCGCCUCAGCCUCACCACGACCGACCGCACGACUUUCGCCCCGUGGGCGAACUCUUUCACCACCCGCAGCCGCACUCGCACCAGCCGCACCCACACCAGUCGCACCCACACCAGCUGCAUGAGCAGCAGCGCUACGGGCAGCCGCAUGGGCACCACCCGCCGCCGCCGCCGCAGCAGCAGCACUACUACGACGGGCCGCCCGCGAUCCGGGGUCGCGUGGUGUCGGACGAGGUCCCGGCGACGGAGGAGAUGGAGGACUCGACGGAACCCGAGGAGGAGGCCGACCCCCGGCACAGCGCGGCCGAGAGCGAGGACUCGAGCAGCGACGCCGGCGGCGCGGGCCGGCAUGUGGUCGACGAUGUCGGCAGUGAUCGCGAGCGCCACCGUGUUGUUGUCGACAACAAGAUGAAGGAGGCGGUGGUCGAGGAGCAGGAGGAGCAGGAGGCCGACGACAAGCUGGUCACGCUCGACGAAGUCGCGGCCGCCAGCGACGAACUGACCCACAAGACGAAGAAUGCCGAGAAUGCGGAGAAGGUGGCGCCCUGGGACGGGAAAAAGGCCUCGGCGGACGACAAGGAGGAAGCGAUGAAGCGGCUGGCCUGGGAACAGGGCCAAAAGACGUCGCAGGACGAUCGGCGCAACGAGGUGGUCCACGUCUACCACGUCACCGACGCGAUCAUCGGGGUCGACGCCAACGAAGAAGCAGAACAGCCGCCGCCGCCGCCGCAGCAUCAGCGCGAGAAAGAGGAGAAGAAGGAAGUGGAGAGGGUGCGUAUGGCGGCGGAAGAGGAGCGGCGCCACCGGACCGAUGAGCGCGCGUCCAAGCGGAGCGAAGACGAACGCAGCAGCGAAUUCCCGGCCGUUCCACAGCAACACCACCACCAGCAUUCCUCCGGUGAACCGGAGAGCCACGACCAUGGCCGUCCCCGCGGUCACGGCCACGGCCAUGGCCACCACGGCCACGGCCACGGCGACGGCCAUCGGGCCGAGGCUCAUGGGAAGGAGAGCGAGGAGGAGGAGAGGCGGCGUCAACAGCGCGAGGAGGGGGAGGAGCGGGAGAAGCAGCGGCAGCGGGAGCGCGAGGCGAGGGAGCAGCGGAAGCGGGAGAGGGCCGAGCGCGAGGCGAGGGAGCAGCAGGAGCGCGAAGAGCGCGAACGCAGGGAAUUGGAGGAACGCGAGCGACAGCUCGCACUCGAGCGGGAGCGGAGGGAGAGGGAGGAGCGUGAGCGGAGAGAAAGAGAGGAAAGAGCGAAGAGGGAGAGGGAGGAGAAAGAACGAAGAGAGGAGAAAGAGCGAAGUGAAAGGGAGGAGCGGGAACGGAGGGAGAGAGAGGAAAGGGCGAAAAGGGAGCGGGAGGAGAAAGAGCGAAGGGAGAGGGAGGAGGCUGAGGAGCGGGCGCGGAGGGAGCGGGAAGAGCGCGAACGACGCGAAAAAGAGCGAAGGGAAAGCGAGGAGCAGGAGAAGCGAAGGCGACAACAGCUGCAGCAGGACGAAGACGCGAGGCGACACCUGGAGCGCAUGCGCCAGCUGCGCGCGUUCGAAAGCGAAGUGGUGGACGUGUCCUCGCUCGACACCGACCUCGAGACCGACACCGACACCGACAUGGACAGCGACUCGUCCUCUUCCUCCUCCGAUUCCGACGACGACGACGAUGAGACCGAGGCCGGGUCCGACUUCGAGAGCGACCAAACCAUCAAUGGUGGCUCGACACGGCAUCACCAUCACCACGACGGUGGCAAGCAUGCACGGAAUGCGGCCAGCGCCGGCGCGCUGCAUUCCAACGGCGGCGGCCAGUUGGCGGGCCGCAGCAAGGCCGGCGUGCAGGUGGUAUUCGAAGAGUGGAGGGAGCAGCAGGCGUCCGAAGAGGAAUUGGCGCGAAAACGGCGAGCCGAGGAGGAGGAGAGGGAGCGGGAGAAGCGCGAGCGCGAGGAACGCGAGCGGGAGGAGGUCGAGCGCGCGCAGCGCGAGUUCGACGAGGCCCGCAAGAAGCGGGCGCUGAGCGAGUCCCGCCGGCCCGUGUCGCGGCGUACGAGCGACCCUACACGCUGGCAGCACGGCAAGAUCGUGACCGCCCAGUGCGCCAUCCGCCGAUGGCUCGCCCGCAAGCAGCUCCAGCGUCUCCGUCUGCAGAGCGUGAAGCGGAGGCAGGUGGUCAACGAGAUGCUCACCACCGAGCAGUCCUACGUCGACGUCCUCCUCCUUCUCGAGCAGUUCCGGGACGGGCUGUUGGUGGCGAAGGACGGCGACAAGGACCUCAUCCCGCACGAGGAGGUGCAGGUGAUCUUCAACGACGUCGACGUGCUGGUGACCACCAACACGGCCCUCCUCAAGCAGCUCGAGCCCCUCCUCGCCACCUGGCACCCCUACACCUCCCUCGUCGGCGCCGUCUUCCUCAACAUGAGUGAUUCGCUGCGAUCGUACACGGGCUACGUGAACGGCUACGACAAGGCUCUGCGCACGCUGCGCGAGCUGACCAACCAGAGCAACGCCUUCAGGCUCCACAUUCAGCGUGUGGAAAAGGAAAAGUCGACGCGCGACAAGAUUGUCGACCUGCCAUCUCUCCUCAUCAGCCCGGUGCAGCGAAUUCCGCGCUACGAGCUGCUGUUGCGGGAUCUCCUCAAGAUCACCCCGCCCGACCACCCCGACCACGACAACAUCCAGGCUGCCCUCGACAAGGUCAAGGUGAUUGCGAGCUACAUCAACGAGAGCAAGCGGGUGGCGGACCGGGCCGAGCGCAUGCACGAGCUCACCACCAACGUCUACGACCGCUCGCGUCGCACGCCCUUCUCCGGCAAGACCACCGUCAAAAACUUGAUCCAGCCGGGGCGAGAGCUGAUCAAGGAGGGAACGCUGGCGCGAGUCAAGUCGAAGCGGAACGAGAAGGACUUCUACCUGUUCCUCUUCAACGACAUCCUGCUCGUGACGACGGCCAAGGAGAAAAAGAAGAAGCGGGGCAACACCAGCAUGAACCGGUCCUUCAAGCACAGCCAGGAGGUGAGCCUCGACGGCGUCUCCAUCAUGACCCUCACCGACGAGCGCGCCGACGUCUACACCAUCAUCAUGCGGCUGCCCACGGGCAAGAAGAUGCUGUGGCGAGCGCGGUCGCGUAUGGAGCGGGACUCGUGGGUGCAGGAGAUGCAGAAGCUCAUCCGCGAGCGCCAGGAGUCGCAGCAGCAGCGCCUCCUGGCCGUGCCGGGCCUGGCCGGCAGCAGCGGCGCCGUUUCGCCCCGCGGUGUCGGUGGUGCGCCGUCGCCCCGAGCCCCAGCCCCGUCGCCCCGAGGGACCAUGGGCAGCGCGAGCAACAGUGGCUCGUUCAGCACCACGGCGCUCUCGCCCCGGGGCGGCCAACCGGCGUCGCCCCUGCCGUCGGGCGCUCUGGGCUCGUCGCCAUCGGCUUCGUCGUCUUCCCCUGUCAUCGGCCUGGGCUCGUCGCCGUCGGCGUCGUUGGGCUCGGGCGCCUCGUCGGCCGAAGAUAGAGAGCAGCGGGAGAACAGCGGCGGGUUCAAGAGCAUCCCGCUCAACCCGUUCGCCUGGAACCGACGGGCGUGA